AUGCCUACCAUCAAGGAGCGCCUGCAGAGCGCCCUCAAACCCCAGCAUUAUGACGCCGACGAUGAUAUUCCUUCCAUCUCCAACGCGGACCUCUUCAUUGAGCGCGAGCCCACCGUCGGCGAGUUCUUCCGCGAAAUCACACCCUCGCUGCACGACGUCGUUCGUUACAUCAUCAACCUGUUUCCCUUCCUCCAAUGGAUUGGCAAAUACAACGGCACCUGGCUGAUUGGUGACCUCGUUGCGGGCAUCACUGUCGGAGCCGUCGUCGUCCCCCAAAGUAUGGCCUAUGCCCAGCUCGCCCAGCUCCCCGUCGAAUUUGGUCUCUACUCGUCCUUCAUGGGCGUCCUGAUUUACUGGUUCUUUGCUACGUCCAAGGAUAUUACCAUCGGCCCCGUCGCCGUCAUGUCCCAGGUCACCGGAAACAUCGUCCUUCACGCCAAAGACGUCCUCCCCCACGUUGAGGGCCACGUAGUCGCCUCGGCCCUCGCCAUCAUCUGCGGCGCCAUCAUCCUCUUCAUGGGCCUCGUCCGCCUCGGCUGGGUCGUCGAGGUCAUCCCGCUGCCCGCCAUCUGCGCCUUCAUGACCGGCUCCGGCGUCAACAUCAUCGCCGGCCAGGUCUCCAAGCUCAUGGGCAUCCCCAAGAUCAACACCCGCAACGCCCCCUACCAGGUCAUCAUCGACACCCUCAAGGGCCUGCCGCUCUCCACCAUCGACGCCGCCCUCGGCCUCACCUCCCUCGCCAUGCUCUACAUCAUCCGCAGCUUCUGCACAUACAUGGCCAAGCGCCAGCCGCACCGCGCCAAGAUGUACUUUUUCAUCUCGACCCUGCGCACCGCCUUUGUCAUCCUGCUCUACACGGCCAUCAGCGCCGCCGUCAACGUCCCCCGCCACAAGAAGCACCUCAAGUUUUCUCUCAUCAAGGACGUUCCGAGAGGCUUCCAGCACGCCGCCCCUCCCACGGUCAACUCGGAAAUCAUCAAGGCCUUCGCCUCGGAGCUCCCCGCCGCCAUCAUCGUCAUGCUCAUCGAGCACAUCUCCAUCUCCAAGUCCUUCGGCCGCGUCAACAACUACGUCAUCGACCCGUCCCAGGAGCUCGUCGCCAUCGGCGUCACCAACCUGCUCGGCCCCUUCCUCGGCGCCUACCCGGCCACCGGCUCCUUCUCCCGCACCGCCAUCAAGUCCAAGGCCGGCGUCCGCACCCCCUUCGCCGGCGUCAUCACCGCCAUCGUCGUCCUCCUCGCCGUCUACGCCCUGACCUCGGUCUUCUACUACAUCCCCAACGCCGCGCUGGCCGGCGUCAUCAUCCACGCCGUCGGCGACGUCAUCACCCCGCCCACCGUCAUCCUGCAGUUCUGGCGCGUUUCUCCCCUUGAAGUCAUCAUCUUCCUCGCCGGCGUGCUCGUCACCGUUUUCACCACCAUCGAGAACGGCAUCUACACCACCGUCUGCGUCUCCUUUGCCGUCGUCCUCUGGCGCCUGUUCCUCAGCCGCGGCCGCUUCCUCGGCGUCGCGCGCAUCCGCACCGUCGUCACCUCGCCCAACGGCUCCGUGACGGGUCUCGGGAAGGAGGAGGACCUGCUCGCGGCGGACUCGGAGAAGACGCUCCGCACCGGCUUCCUCCCACUCGACCACGAGGACGGCUCCAACCCGAGGAUCGACCUCCAGCGGCCCUACCCCGGCGUCUACGUGUACCGCUUCGCCGAGGGCUUCAACUACCCCAACGCCACGCGCUACCUGAACCACCUCACCGAGACCAUCUUCAAGGAGACGCGCCGGACUGAUAUUACCCUGGUCGGAAAGGUUGGCGACCGCGCCUGGAACGACCCCACGCCUCGCAACGUGGAAAAGGAGCCCGUCGACGACAGCCGGCCCAUCCUCAAAGCCAUCGUGCUCGACUUCUCCACCGUCAACCACAUCGACGUCACCGCCGCGCAGGCCCUCAUCGAUGUGCGCAACCAGCUCGACCGCUACGCCGCGCCCGGCGUCGUCGACUGGCACUUUGCCCACGUCGAGAACCGCUGGACCAAGCGCGCCCUCGCCGCCGCCGGCUUCGGCUACCGCACCCCCAAGCCGAGCGCCGGCGAGACCGCGGGCCACUGGAGGACCAUCUUCAGCAUCGCCGACCUCGGCGGCGCCGACAGCGCGGCCAAGGCGGCGGAGCUCGAGGAGAAGGCGGCCGGUACUAGAGGAUCGUAUGAUGUGGAGGGCAAGGCGGCGCCGGAUUCGGAGAUUUGGCCGGCGUCUGGGUCGGAGGGCGGCAAUGACGCGCCGCCGAAGAACCCGGGUAGUGCGCGCCUGGUGGCCGUCCACGGGCUGAACAGGCCGUACUUUCACUUUGACCUGCAAGAGGCCGUGGAGGCUGCGGUUGCCAACGCAGAGAGGUAA